AGGCAACGGGUGUAGAGAGAGAGAGAGAGACUACAGUAGAGUGCAAUUGCGAAUCGGCGAAACCAGAAGAGAGGGAAGAAGAAGAAGAAGAACGGAAACAAUGGCGUCAUCGUCGAGCAGUGGACUAACGUUCAAGCUACACCCACUCGUUAUAGUAAACAUAUCCGAUCACUAUACGAGGGUUAAGUCUCAGAUGCAACCACCGCAUCUUCCCGCGGAGUGUAUCAACAACGCCGCCGCCUCCUCCUCUGAUGCAGCCCCUUCUUCCUCGUCGCCUCCAUCUACGCCUCCCAGGGUCUACGGAUGCGUCAUCGGAGUCCAGAGAGGUCGUACCGUCGAGAUCUUCAACAGCUUCGAGCUUCUCUACGAUGCCUCCACCCAUUCCCUCGACCGUGUUUUCCUCGAGAAGAAGCAAGAACUCUAUAAGAAGGUUUUCCCCCAUUUUUACAUUCUUGGUUGGUACUCCACUGGAAGUGAUGCUGAGGAAUCCGACAUGAACAUUCAUAAAGCUCUGAUGGAUAUUAAUGAAAGCCCUGUUUAUGUUCUCCUCAACCCAUCAAUCAACCAUGCUCAAAAGGAUCUUCCAGUUACUAUUUUUGAAAGUGAGCUGCAUGUCAUAGAUGGGAUACCACAACUAAUUUUUGUCCGUUCAAGCUACACUAUUGAGACAGUAGAAGCAGAAAGAAUCUCAGUUGAUCAUGUUGCUCAUCUUAAACCUUCUGAUGGAGGUUCUGCUGCUACACAAUUGGCUGCUCACCUUACAGGCAUACAUAGUGCCAUCAAAAUGCUGAAUAGCAGAAUUAGAGUGCUACAUCACUAUCUUCUUUCGAUGCAGAAAGGUGAAAUACCUUGUGAGAAUUCACUGCUAAGACAAGUAUCAAGUCUUCUGAGAAGGUUGCCAGCCAUAGAAUCUGGAAAGUUCUUUGAUGAUUUCUUGAUGGAAUACAACGAUACGUUGCUGAUUACAUACCUAGCCAUGUUCACCAACUGCUCAAGCGCAAUGAAUGAGCUAGUGGACAAAUUCAACACUGCUUAUGACCGACAUAGUAGAAGAGGUGGACGAACUGCUUUUUUCUGAUUGUUUGCUCUACUCUUUACCUGACUAUCUCAGCGAGUUGAAAUGGAAGUAGUUUUACCUGGUGCUACUGCUGUUUGGUGCAAUAUUAUACAGGCUUUAGAGCUAUUUGUUAGGAAACAAUAGUGAGAGUGAGAAAGAGAAAUCUGUAUCUGUUAUGUUUAUUUUAGCCAUUUCUUACUGAUGGAAAUAUAUGGUUUUGGAAAUGACCAAAAGCUUGGAAUUAGUGGUGGCUGCAUAUGCCAUAUUUCAUAUUUGAUAGAAAGUUUAAAGAGAAGUUCAAAAGUUUAUGGUU